AUGUCAUAUAGCGCAUAUAACGGCAUUUCCCCAUAUGGCUCUGCUUAUCGGCAGGAGUCUCAACCACAAGAACAACAACAAUCCGAACAACAACGUCGACAAUCAGAGCCGAAAGCCUACCGUCCCUAUCAACCGUACCGACCACCUACACAGCAGCCGACUCCAAGUGACAAUUAUGAGGAUGAUAGCCGACGUUCGUCUGUUGCAAGCCAGUCACCUCUGGCUUCUUCGCUCGCCAAGCUUGACCUUGGCGAUACUUCCAUGGCUCCGGCACCUUUGAGACUUCAACGCAAGCCCGUCUCAAGUCAACCAUCGACUCCGUUGAAGACACUGCAGUCAACACAAACAGAUCAGGACUACAAACCUUAUCCCCCGCCAUCUUCGCAACACCGUAGCUCGGUCUCGUCAACGGUUGGACGACGAACAUCCUAUGGCUUUGUUGUCGAGCUUGAAGGCUCACCACCUCCUUCUCGGAGAGAGAGCAAUGCCGUACAGCCUCCUUCAAAUGCCCCCCUACCGAAGCCGCCUAAGAAGUUGGAAACUCCCGACAGUGAAGGACUGAUCCCCAUAGAGUCCGAGGCAUUACCUUCUGUCCCCGGCGCCUGGCCUACCUCUAUUGAAGAACAGCCAGCAAAUGGAUCACAGCCUCUUUAUGCCCAAGCUCAAUAUAAGAAACCGUUCUCACCCCAGCAUGAAGUGACGCAGAGCACCCCUAGUCCUCCUCCCCAUCCUGUCCAAUAUCCAUCGGCCUACCAGCAACAAGGGUGCACGCCUCCGCCUAUAUCACAGCCGACUUAUACGUCUGCUCCGGCUCAACCAAGUUACCAGAGCUUCUCACCUCCGCAGUCACCACCACUGCCUUCAUCUGCAGGAACUCCGGCUCCGUUCACUCCUCAAUAUCACCAAUACCAGCAGCCAAGCUAUAGUCCCGCGCCAUCGCCUGUAUACAGCCAAGCACCAACAUCUCCGGUCGGGCCAGCAUCUCCACCACCGCCAUAUCAGCAGCAAACCUACGGUAGUCCUCCCCAGUCACCACCACCACCUCCACAAUCGACACGCCCAACAUCUCAGUAUUUCUCCGGCUACCAGUCUCCACCAAAACCAACCCUCAACACCAGCAACUUGCCAACUCCUCCAAGCCAGCAAGGACCAUUCUCACCCACCUCUCCGCAAUCACCAACUCCAGGAGGACACAGGCACUCAGUUUCGUAUUUCCCAGCAGCCUAUCCACCCCGGCCUUCACCACCAACCCAACAUCCGGCUUCGCCCACAGUCACUUCUCCUUCCUCAACUUUCCCUUCGACCCCCAGUCUCAACAUUGGCGCGUACCCUCCAUCGCCCUCACCUGCAACCCCAGGAACUCAACAACCCCAACCCCAACCCCAACCAACAAUAACAUACACCGCCGCCCCCUCCCAACCUACCUACUAUUCACCAACCCCCUCCUUCUCCUCAUCCAACUCUACCUCAGGAACAGGAAGACCCGGCGGAGCCCUCUACAACUUCCCCUCCCCACCCACCCCCUCCUUAAACUCCAAGUUAUCCAUCAACGGCCUCAAGCGCACGGCGGCCGGAUUAGGCGGGGCGAUCAAGAAUGUUGCGAGCGUGGUGGAAGUUGCAGGACGGGAGGCCGUGAAGGCUGGGAGGGCGGCUGCUACUUCUGGGAGUAAGGAAUCUGGGUCUGGCAAGGCGGGCAGGAGGGUUAGUGGGAUGGGGUUUUAUGGUGGGAUGCGGGGAUAG